GUCUUCUCUAAGUCAACCCUUCACCUCUUCCUCCCCUCAUCCUUCCCCUCACUCUCUUUUACAGAGCCAGCAGAGACCUUCAGUCCUCGCCGCCCUUCCACUCAUUUUCAGAAACCCUUGCUCCCCUUCACAUCUCCCUACCGCCUUUUCCUUCCGUUCCCUUCCCUUCCCUUCCCUCCUCUUCGCACAUAACCAUCUACCGCUUUUCUCGCUUGUCAUCAUGAAGACCACUAUCUUUUUCGCCUCCUUCCUGGGCAUGUUUGCCAUGCUGUGCAGCACCGUCUCUGCCGAGAGCGGACUCGAGGCCCGCUCCGUCAAUACCACUACCAAUGCGGGUGCCGCGUUCGAGGGUACCCUGGACCUGCUGGUGAAGGAGCACUCCGAUAUUGUUGUCAAAGCCUUUGCCGAUGUCUGCACCGAUGCCAACCUGUCAACGGACAUUUCGACCGACCUCAACGUUAAGAUCACUGGUCUCAUCAAUGUCGAUUUUGGACUGGGCACAAAGCUGUCGACGGCUCUUCGCUCCUCGAUCAAGAAGACUGUCAAGGCCGAGGUCGAUGCCGAGAUCAAGUCCCAGUUCUCGUUGAACCUGCGUGCGAACCUUGCUGCGAUCGUGACCAAGCGCUGCCCCAACAACGAUGCUGCGUGCAUCAAGUUGCAGGCCAAGAACAUUGUCAAGGACGCGAUUAAGUUGACGACCAAGGCCUCAGCCAAGAUCUCGGACAAGAUCGCGGCCAAGCUGGCCUUGAAGAUCAAGGCGGCGAUCGAUAUCGAGGUUAAGAAGUUCUCAAUUAACCUGUGGUUGGUCAAGAUCAAUGUUACGGGUGAUGUGGACGUGAGCAACAGCGUCGUGGUGCGCUUCAAGGCCGCGGCAGGUCUGUGUGCCCAGGCUUGUGCGGAUGUUUCCGUCAAGGAAGUUAGCCAGAUCAAGACCAUUUGCUCCGCCUAGAUGCGACGACUUUAUUUCGCCUUUCGACUAUCUCUGCUCGUUUUUCUACCCUAAAACACGUAAUAAACCAUCUUCUUCCUUGCGCAAUUGAUGACCGUGGAAUGCUUAAAAGGAUAGUGUUGAUAACAAAGAAUGUCGCGCCAAUUAGCCUGCGCGAGCUGCUCAUCGAAUCCAAGAAGUCCGGCACUGGGUGGUCUUUGCGUGGAUGGAUGACCAAAUGCAGUCUUACCC